CUCACGUCGGGCCGCCGCCCCGCCGCGAUCGCUAUGAAUGCGAGCCGGGCCCUGCUCUCCGCCGCCUUGCUCGCCGGCCUCCUCUGGGAUUUACCGUGCUGCCUCCCGGCCUCCCUCCCCGCCGCCGAGGAGCUCGCCAAGGGCGGCAGGGGCCGCAGGGCGCCGCGGUCCCCCCGGGAGAGCCGGCAGAGGCAGGGGGGACAGCCCGGGGGCCGGGCGCCCCCCAGGGCGGAGCCCCACGAGUACAUGCUGUCCCUCUUCAGGACCUACUCCAUCGCCGAGAAGCUGGGCAUCAACGCCAUUUUCCAGUCCUCCAAGUCCGCCAACACCAUCACUAGUUUCGUGGAUAGGGGACAAGACGACCUCUCUCCCGCUCCCCUGAGGCGCCAGAAGUACCUGUUCGACGUGUCCACCCUCUCGGACAAGGAGGAGCGUGGGGCCGAGCUGCGCCUGUUCCGCCGCCCCCCCCGCGGCCGCCCGCCGCCCCCUCCGCCCCCUCCGGCCGCCCCCGUCCUGCAGCUCUUCCCCUGCCUCUCCCCUCUGCCGCUGGGCUCCCGCAGCCUGGAGGCCCGGCCGGGCGGCUGGGAGGUGUUCGACGUGCGCCAGGGCCUGCGGGGGGAGCGGCCCCGACGGCAGCUCUGCCUGGAGCUCCGCGCCUCGCCCGGCCGCGGCUCCCCUCCGCCCCGCCGCUGGCUGGACCUGCGCGGCCUGGGCUUCGGCAGGGGGACGAGGCCGCCUCAGGAGAGGGCGCUGCUGGUGGUCUUCACCCGCUCCCGGCGGCGGAGCCUCCUCGGGGAGCUGCGGGCAGAGCUGGGGGCUCCUCCACCGCCGCCUCCUCCUCCUCCUCCUCCCGCCGGCCGCCGGCCGCCCCGCCAGCGCCGCACCGCCUCGCCCAGCCGGCACGGCAAGAGGCACGGCAAGAAGGCGAGGCUGCGCUGCAGCAAGAAGCCGCUGCACGUCAACUUCAAGGAGCUGGGCUGGGACGACUGGAUCAUCGCCCCCCUGGAGUACGAGGCGUACCACUGCGAGGGGGUGUGCGACUUCCCGCUGCGCUCCCACCUGGAGCCCACCAACCACGCCAUCAUCCAGACCCUGAUGAACUCCAUGGACCCCGGCUCCACGCCGCCCAGCUGCUGCGUGCCCACCAAAUUGACUCCCAUCAGCAUCCUCUACAUCGACGCGGGCAACAACGUGGUGUACAAGCAGUACGAGGACAUGGUGGUCGAGUCGUGCGGCUGCAGGUAGCGGGCGGGCGCCCCUCGGCGGGGGGCCGGGGCUGCGCCUGGCGGCGGAGGGCGAGGAAGACGUCGGAUGAAGAGCGAGGAAGGGCGAGGAGGGGGGGCGGCGGGGAGCCGGG